AUGGGAGAAAUGGUGUUCUGCGGCACGGGUAGCUUCAGGGACGUCGACAAGGAGAAGGGCGCCGGCGGGAAGCGGGACGCCGCAGCGAAGGCGAAGAAGGCGAGCGGCAAGACCAAGGGGAAGGGCAACCCCUACUCGUCACAGGGGGUGGACAAGUUCUCCACCGUGCUGUCCGAGCUUGAGUUCAAGAGGGAGAAGAUCCUGCGGCGCGUCGGUUCAGAUGUCGACGCCGGCCACCUCAUGGUCCGGUUCGUGCAGUCCGAGGCCAAGGGCUGGGUGCCCAUCGUCGUCAAGCUUCCGCACGAGAAAGAGCAGGCUGUCGACGCCAAGAAGAGGCAGAGCAAGCCGACCUCACGGUGGUCGACGCCGCCCACAGAGCCGGCAGCAGCACGGCCGCUCGCUGCUGCUACUGGAUCCGGCCGCCGGAGGUCAAUACCAAAAAAUGCGGAGAGGGGAAGAAUGAGAGAGACGGCGGCAUACUGGUGA